AUGGCUGACGCUUCCAACGGUCGCGUUACUAUUACUCUUGGUCCUGGUGGUCAGGUAGUGAAGCGUGCUGUGUCGGCUGUUGGCAAUUCAGAUUCGCUGCUAGGUGUUGGAGGGAAGCGCUCUGUGAGGGAUCGAUUAGGAGGUGACUCGGAGGGUUCCAAACGGCAUCGAAGCGAUAAUUAUUUGACUGCUGCAAACGCUGCUGGUGUUAGAGAUGCACGUAUUGGCAAGGGUGAUCUACGAUUCAAACUCCUGCAAAAAAAUGCGGGUAGAAGAGCUCAAAGUGAUGAUGACCAGAGGGAUUUGCGAGAUAAGCUCCCACGGACAUCGCAAUCACUUCGUCGCCUUCCUGCAAGUCUUGGUACUGGGGAGCGCAUGUCAGAUCCCCGGGAGACUAGUCUUAUGGGCAGAAUCCCUUCUUCAGGAAGCCCCAGUGAAUUGUCUCGGAUGGAAUCAUCAAGAAAUUCAUAUUCACCUUGGACUUUGGACCAUAUAAGACGGAGAUCUCCUGGUAGGAUCAUAACUGCUUCAACAGUCCCUGAUAGGGUUAUGCGUACGUCUAGAGGGUUUUCCCCACCAAGACACGUGGAUGAAGUUCAGGGGAGGUCAUUAGGCAGGUAUACUGAUGAUGUUAGACCGGUUUCGUACAUGACAAGAGACAUUCAUGAUGCUCCAAGGUCCAUGAGUAGCUCCACUCAUUUCAUGCCAAAACCGGGUUUGCCCACUGUUUCAAGAAAAAGUGCUGCACCGGUUUCGGCUCCAGUUGCUCCAGCGAUAAGUGUUCUGUCGAAACAAACAUAUGCAGGGGAAGAACAGCAGACUGUUGAAGGCUUAUUGCAUUCGCUUGGAUUGGAGAAAUAUGCCAUCAUUUUCAAAGCUGAGGAGGUGGACAUGCAUGCACUGAAGCAGAUGGGGGAAAGUGACCUGAAAGAACUUGGGAUACCUAUGGGGCCUAGGAAGAAGAUUCUUCUCUCCCUUCCGCCUCAUUCUAAAAGACAACCUCGGUGA